ACAACUUCAAAGUGUCGAAUUGUGCUCCGUCGCGUCCUGUGACACAGUUGACUGUUUAAGAAGCCGAUUUUUCCAUUUUCUUGGCGAGGUUUUAACGGUUCUGCCAUGUCUAGUGUGUAUGAAAAUUUGCUAGAAGUUCGGCGAAGUCGGCGUAUUCACAUUGAGCAGUAAAAUCAUCGCGAUAAGUGCAGUGGACCCGAGAAGCGGAACCCGUGCCGUGUGUCCCGUCAGAUAUAUUUGGUUUAUUGAUAUUUUGAGUGUCAUAGGCUUCUCGGUGUCUAUGCAUAACCUGAGGGAAAUUUUAACCUGGAGGAGUGCUACGAUAUAUUUGUGUCUUAUGAAUAGAUGCAAAAUGUUUUGUUUAUGCGUUUUUUAAGUAUCCAAAUUAAAUUUCUCAUUAUUUGUGAUACUAUUGAAGAGUUUGGACAGUGUUCUAGUUAAAUCUUUAGACUGAAAGAUUUGCAAAACUAAUUGGACCAAUCGAUUAACACAAUGUCAGAAAUAAUUUACCCUCAAGGGUGUAGGUCCGUUACCGAAGACUUAGGUCAAGAUGAGCUCAUUCGGAGACUUAAGACACUUGCGCAUACCUUACAAGCAAUGGGUCAGGAUGAGGGAAUGUAUCAGCAAUACAUUCCUUUGGCACUGCAUUUAGCAGAGGAACAUUUCCUGAUGCAUCAAAGCAAGGACGUCCAAUUACUCAUAGCUUGCUGCAUUGCAGAUGUACUAAGAGUAUAUGCUCCUGAAGCUCCUUAUAAGGAUGCUGACCAGGUCAAAACAAUAUUUCUAUUUUUAAUUAAACAGUUGGCUGGAUUGAAAGACCCUAAAGACCCAGCGUUUAAAAGAUACUUUUAUCUACUUGAAAAUUUAGCAUAUGUCAAAUCAUUUAAUAUGUGCUUUGAAUUAGAAGAUUGUCAGGAAAUUUUCUGCGCUCUCUUUUCAUUAAUGUUCAAAAUCGUUAAUGACGAGCACUCUGGGAAAGUGAAGAGUUUUAUGUUGGAUGUUUUGUGUCCACUUAUCACCGAGUCUGAUAUCGUCAGUAACGAGCUGUUGGAUAUCAUUCUAAUGAAUAUUGUAGAGCCCAACAAAACUCAGAAGAAGAAUGCAUAUAUGCUUGCUAAGGAACUUAUCAUUAAAUGUAGUGAUACUUUGGAACCUUAUAUUCAAGCGUUCUUCAACCACGUCCUAAUCUUGGGUAAAGAGGAGAAGGGCUUACAAAUUUGCAGGAAGGUGUAUGACUUAAUCUAUGAGCUGAACCACAUCUGCCCAGGCGUAUUACUAUCCGUUCUGCCCCAGCUAGAAUGCAAAUUAAAAUCCGCUAUCGAGAACGAAAGGCUCGGAGCGGUUGCUCUAUUGGCCAGAAUGUUCUCGGAGAAGGGUUCUCAACUGGCCGUUCAACAUACGCAACUCUGGCGAGCAUUUCUGGGCCGAUUCAACGACAUUAGUGUAGCUAUUCGUAUAAAGUGCGUGCAGUACUCGAUGCAUUUUCUGCUGAAUCAUCCCGAGCUCAGGAAGGACAUUACCGAUACGCUGAAAUUGCGUCAGCACGACGCUGACGAGAACGUUAGGUACGAAGUUGUCAUGGCUAUUGUGACCACCGCAAGGAAGGACUUCGAAGUCGUCUCGGACAGCGAGGAUCUCCUCGAGUUCGUUAAAGAGAGGACUCUAGACAAGAAGUUCAAGAUUAGAAAGGAAGCCAUGGCGGGCUUGGCAAUGAUUUAUAAAAAGCAUUUGAAUGAUGCGGACGUGCCACAGGCCACAAAGAAGGCAGUCACGUGGAUUAAAGAUAAGAUUUUACACGGGUAUUAUAUGGUUGGAAUGGAGGACAGGUUGCUAGUUGAAAGGCUUUUGAACACCUGCUUGGUUCCUUACCAAUUGCCGGCCGAGGAGAGAAUGAAGAAGCUGUAUCAUUUGCUCGGUACCAUUGAUGAUCACGCCUCGAAAGCGUUCGUCGAGCUUCAGAAGCACCAGCUUGCAGUGCGCAGAGCAGUUAUCGAAUGGUUAGAUAUUGUAAGAGAACCGGACACGCAGAACAAAUUAACACAGAAGAUUCUUCAGAUCUCGCGCUUUUUACCGGACCCAAUGAAGGUGCAGGAAUUCUUGCAAAAAUUUAGCUCAGAAAUGAAGAAGGAUUCAACUCUGCUCAAAGGCAUGGAAACAAUUGUUCAACCGAACGUCUCUUGCAAAGAAUGUGCGGACACAAUUAGUUUGGUCCUUAAGAAACUGGGUCAACCCGUGAUGACGAACCUUUACUACAACACAAUAAAAAUGCUUCUCGAGAGAGUGAGCUCUGUAAUGAUUGAUAAAGAGGCGAUCAAAAUUUUAAUCGGAUACGUGUUAGAUUGCUUAAAAGGCGGUAACGUUAUAGAAGAGGUUGGCCUGAAUCCUAACAAUGCAGGCGAAAAAGGGCUGAGAUUACUUGUGAUGUUAUCCUUCGUGUUUGGUCCACAUUUUCUGCACAACGACAUCCUGAUGCAAUUAGUUCAAUUUUUGGAACUCGAGGAUGAGAUGGUGGGACCACUGGUCCUCUCGAUAUUUACAUUCUUAGGGAAAUACAAACCUCUCUGUGAGGUAGCUCCCGAAAUUACGAAUCUAUUGGUUCCCAUUUGCAAGAGCUUCGCUGAGACUGGCACUCCGAAGCAGGCCAAGCAGGCUAUUCGAUGCCUGUUCGUCAAUAUGACCAACAUCCACGAUACUAUCUUUCCAGAGAUCAUUGAAAGAAUUAAGAACACCCUGACGCCUACGUCGGAGUAUUAUCGCACGUCGAUCGUGACACUGGGUCAUAUCGCUUACAACUUACCUGACAAAUAUCAAACACAGAUCAAGAAUAUGGUCUCUAGAAAGAUAGUAAAGGAGCUCCUUGUUAAAGAGAGUACCGAACAAACAACCGAUGCCAUUGAAGGGGACUGGUGUAGAGAGGAGCAGCUGCCGGAGGAAACACGGUGUAGGUUAGAAGGGCUAAAGUGCAUGGCCCGAUGGUUAUUAGGACUGAAAACCGACGUGCUAUCCGCCCAGAAGACCUUCAGGAUGUUAAACGCCUUUGUGGUGAACAAAGGUGACCUCUUGCAACAAGGACGACUAAGUAGGGCAGAAAUGAGCUGGUUACGUUUACAAGCAGGCUGCUCCAUGCUCAAAAUCUGCGAGCAAAAAGGAGUUGGCGAUCAAUUCACUGCCGAACAGUUUUACAACCUUUCGCAAUUGAUGGUGGAUGAAGUGCCGCAGGUAAGAGACGCCUUCGGUUGCAAAUUGCAUAAAGGUCUCUGCAGAGGGAUUCCAAAUAAGUGUCUACCUCUCGACUUCAUGGGAUAUUACGCUCUUGCUGGAAAGGAGACCGACAAGAGGCUCAAGUACUUGUUGAAGACGUUCAUGCAGAUGGACAUCAGUAAGCGGAGAGAUUACGUAAAGACGCUAUCUUUGGGAACCGUGGAGCGAGCUAUGGGGCAAUUACCACACAUACUGCCAGAUUACAUGUUGGUCUUCGCCGUGCCCGUGUUGGCGCACGAUCCCGAGUUUACAAACUACAUGGACGUGAGCCAGUUGAAGAUCAUCCAACAAUGUUUGUGGUUCAUUCUUGAGCCUCUUAUCACCAAGAACGAAUACUAUUGUUAUGGGUUCUAUAAGAAUCUUGUAGAAAGAAUGAAAAGUCAUAAGGACGCUCUCAGGCCAGACGACGACAACAUGAAUUGCAAAUUGUGGGCGGUUUGCGACCUUGCUAUGAACGUCAUCUUUACGAAGACGACCAACUUCGACAUGAAGGAGUUCCCAAGUGAAACACGGAUUCCCACGAUGUACUUCAAACGGGCCGACGAAUUGUUGGCCAACACGAAAAAUUACCUGCCCCCUGAAAUGCAAAUCAACAUGUCCAGUCCAAAGGGAAAGGGAUCAAUACACAACGCGCACACGAUCAGCGACAGACCUCAGCGAAGGGCCAAGGGCAAACAAAAGGAGGUCGGCAUCGGCCCCAAUGAGACCGAUGCAAGGCCCGCGGAAGCGUCAGAGACGAGGAUUCAACUGCCUGGAUUGGAAGACGAGAUCGAGGAACCGCCGGCAAAGAGGGCAUUAAGGGAAUCGGAUAAAAUAAAUGUUAAGUGAAUUAAAUGUAUCGCGGGGAAUUAAGGACUGGGGGGAGGGGGGACUUAAGGGGUGCGACGAUACUAUGAUAAGCAUUAAAUGAAGAAAAGAAAAAGCUAAAACACUUUACAAAUUAGGAAACAGAAUAUUUUGGUUAUGUACAACAAUUAAUACACGUAAGUUCACGUAUUUCUAGGAGGUAAGCUCGUUAAGGUAACGUCACUCACUUUUUCUGACCUAUUGGCACGCGUCGGCUUAGCAUUAUUUAAAGGAUGUGUUAAAUAGGCGACUUGCGUACAGGGCGAACUUGUGACCAUUUUUUUGUAUACCGACUUUUUAAAGUUACAUACGCGCGCGUGCGCGAGUUAUAUGCAUACGUAUAUACACAUAUACACAUAUGUAUAUAUACACGUAUAUAACGUGUAUAUAUAUAUUUAUACAUGUAUAUAUACGUACACGUAUCUAAGGACCUGCAUACACAAUAAUCGUCUUGAACUUCAUUGUACUUCGCGGACGCGUGUCAAUAAAAAUAAACGGAAAAUGCAAAGAAAAGGAAGGAACGCUCGGUGAGGCGACGCCGUCGAUUUAGAUAUAGUAACCGUCGACGAACAAAUGAUUCGCAUAAGAAAAGAGAGAGAAAGAAUGGGAGAGAGAGAUCAAAGUUUGUUCAGUGUCCCUCUUUUGUGGGGAUUUUCGAAAGCACCAGAAUACUUCGUGCUGGUUUCCUUUCUUUCUAUGUUUAUUUAUCCUGUUUUCUUCUUUAUUUAGGGAGAGAAAUGAAAUCCCUAGCAUUUUCUAGGAAAUUUUCUGAUCAAGGAUGAAGAAUGACUCGGCUCGUAAAUUGUAUAAAGUUAGUCAGGGGGUUUACUUGUAAAAGUGUGUCGACUUGUAUUCGUUUAGCGUGUUAAUUGAGAAACAUUUGGGAAUGUUUUGCGAAAGGACUUCUCUUGGUUGACUAGGAUGAUAAGUUAUAUUUUCAGUAAAAAAAACGCUUGUCCGAAGUGUUCCAAAUUUGUAUUCUUUCUUGAUCUUGUUUAAUUUUUGUAAUCUAUUCAUUACCUGAAACUUCUUUAAUUUCUGUAUCAGAAUUCUUUAUUUUCUUAACUGAAAACGGAAUGCAAAGAGACCUUUUACCUUUUACUUUCAAUUUUCUAUCUCGAAAGUGAGGUGCAAUUCGUUAUGAGAAUUAUAUAGAAAAGUAGCUCGGAAUAGUAUUGAUUUUAACAUACACCGACAUGUGUAUAGUUGGCACGUUAAUUCGAUCCCGGAAUGGAGGAGUUUCAGGUGAAAUCGUUCUAGAAGAAGCGGGGCAGUAAUGUUUGGGUUAUUGUAACGAUACGUUGCAAUUUCAAUGAAAAAGAGUACCCGAAUCAUCUCUCAGUGUUAUAAAAUUAUUUUGUCGUUAAGGGGAUGCUGAAGUGAAUUAAAAUGAUGGAAUCGAUCCGAACGUUAUUUGGCUAACUAAAAAAAAGCUGCAGCAGCAUUAUCGGGUUUAUGGCAUCCCGUGAAAAAAAUAGGAAGUGAGUUCGUGCACACACUAUAAACAACGCAAAGUACUGCGAUUAGUUAUUUUCUUAUGCCUACUUUGUGCUGGAAUUUGAAUUAAAUUGGGCAAAUUUUUGGCAACCACUCAUCAAGUAUUGUUUAAUUAAAAUUUUCCUAGUUUAUUAUAUGAUAACAUAUUUAUUAUAUUAGAGGACUAUUAUGUUGUCAUCUGUGUUAAUGACUCAGAACUGAAUAUUGCCUUCCUUAUCUACGUUGUAGGAUUUUCACACAAAAUAUGUGUAAAACAAGUUCACAAAUGUUAUCAAUUUUUCAGAUUUAAACUUGUUUGAAACUGGUUCAUUAACGAUUCAUAAUGGUUUCUUUUUAUAAAAGAAUGGUUUUCCCAAGCGUAAGCAAAUCUCAGAUAUGUUUACCUAGACAUAGAUUUGUCGCUGGUGACAGUUUAGAUGUUAACAGAAUCUGCACAUUUUUUUUCGAUUUCAGUAUGAUUUCAUUCUUAUUAUUAUUAUUCCAUUAAUCUGUUAGUUAUCUAACAUUUUGGAAAAAAAAUUUUCAUUUUGCUGAGAAAAAAUGCCCUGUUUUGUGAACUCGUAAAUCGUCUUUUAGCCGAUAAUAGUAGGCAGAUUCAGCAUCCUCUUAAAGAGCAAUGUUUCCUUUCGCUUAAAUUUGUUUUUUUCUUUAAUCUUUUUCGAACAAAAAGUCUUUAGUUUUUGGCUUUUCUUUAAGGUGUUAUAAAAGGGGCAAUCUAAAUGUAUCAAAACGUCAAAAUAUUUAUAAAAUUUUUCUCCAAAGUGGGUGCAUUGAAUCAUUUGAAAUUUCAGCGCGUGAUUAUGGAGACCCCAAGGUAGAACGCGAUGUUUCUGAAAUUUUCUUACUCCAAAAAAUAUUGUAUUCAACUCAAACUAGAACUAAAGACACAUUUUUGUUGAAAAAUGAAAUUUCAUGAUGGCUUUCCUCCUUAGGGGCCUUUAUAAUUACGUGUUGAAGUUUCAAAUGAUCCGAGCACCUACCCAAUUUGAAGAAAAGUUUUAUAAAUAUUUUGACGCUCUGGUAUACAGGAUGUCUCAGACCUCGCGAACCAAAAAUACGUGACGGUAAUCUGUAUUUACUUAGUCACGAUUAAUAUCCAACGCAAACUUGAAUCCGAAUUGUAGUUUUAAAACUACAGUAGUUUAAAGUUGACCAAUUACGAAGCAGGUUUCGUCACCGAGCAAUGUCUGUACAAUCAUCCUAUUACAUGUGCCACUAUUUACAUUCAGUGUUUGUAGUUAGUAAAAGACGUGUGUCGUUUGUUUGCGAGAUUCUUGAAUUUUAUCAUGUUAGAAGAUAAUCUGAAUGAGAGCUCACAAAAUCGGCAAAGUAAUGAUAACAAAAAAUAUAAUGAGAAAUCCGUGUUGUAUCCAAAAUUGCAUUUAACAUCAAAAAUAAUAAGCAAAAUAAUGCCUUGCUAAACGAAAGGUGGACUUUACGGGUCCAGUAAAGGCGAGUCAGUCAUUUUGAAUUGGUGACCGCAGAGUCGAGGAAGUCACGUAAAAUUCCUAACUACUGUUCUGCGAAACGAAUUAUAUUCAUUUGCAAAUACUAGGCCUGAAAAGAAACUAGAUGUUCAGGAAAUGUGUCAGCCGGUCAGUUUUUUACGGACCGUGCACUAGCAAACGAGAUAUAAUCCGAAAAUCGGCUCGGUAGGACCAGUGAUAGACUCCCGAUUCCGAGGCAGUAAUACACCAAUAAACACAAUAUCAUCGCAAGGCGGACCGGCUAACACAUUUUACGUGCUUACUGAUUAAUUCGGCACUAAUAACUUGACGAGGAAAUAAAUAACCUGCAAGAAUAGUGGAGGGAAAUUUAUCACUGCUACAGCUGAUAUUUUUCACGCCUUGAGCUUCGGGCAUCUACCUCCAGAUGGUAAAGUAGGCGCCACAGCAGGCUACCAACCACUUAUUUAAAUAUUAUAUAAAUUAAAACGGAAAAAGAAAUAUAAAUCCAUACUCUAAUGAAAAAAUGUUCUUAAUUGAGUUGUGUCUUGAAUUGAUUUAGAAAUUUUUAAAAUAAUGCAGUUAUAAUUACAAAAUUAAGUUUAGUUUCUCGAAGCCCAUAUCGAUACAAGACGAUGAUGUCAGCGGUACGUAAUCCAUAGUUGCCAAGAUUGGAUACAGCAAUAUCAGUCACUAGGAUCUGGGUUUCUUCUGUAGCUGAAAUUUUGCUCGAGAGUCAGUUGAGAGAACGAGGCAAGAAAAGAGAACGACAACAUAAUUGAGAAACGUGCAAACAACACACAUCUGGGGACAAAUCCCAAAUUGAUGUAGAGCAACAUGGCCAACGCGAUCUAUAGUUUGUCACUUCGGCAUAAAGCGAUAAUUGCUAGAAUUUGAUUUUUUCGUAACCUGACAUUUCUCCUUCGAGUAUGUUGCGAGAGUCGUUUAACAAAGAGAAUCGAAUCAGACAUUCAAGUCUUCGGUUUGAAUAAACUUUGAUAAAAUAAUUUUAUUUCAAUCUGCAUUGGGCAUUAGCCCAAUGAGACUUGCAGAUAUUUAUUCACACAAUAAGGAUCUCCUAUAAUGCGGUUCCGAAAAAUUAGUUACUCAAAAUACAGGGUACACAUCGUAUAAUAUUAUCAGAUAUUUGGUCUGUCGGGAAUGACAAUCUAAUACGUAGGACGCACAGACCACUAUUCUAUAACGCUAGGUUCCGGGAAAAAGUCGAUUGAUUUUUGAAUAAUGUAUUUUCUCCGACUCAAUAUGUUUUUUUUGUAUUUCGCUUUUUUCAUGAUAUAACAAUACUACAUAAAAAAUAAAUAGAGGUGAUUAAAAAUUGUUCGUAAAUAACAGGAAAGGAUUAAAUUUAAAAUUAUUUAAACAAUGAAUUAUUUGUGUUCAAAACUACAAUUGUACCAAAUUUGAUUUGAUUCGGAGACUUCAACGUUUAUCUAUCUAUCUCAUCUAUCUCUACUCUUGUUAAAUAUUGGAUCACACAUCGAGCAUGAACACGUGCCAAUUAUGUUUAAAUCCCGCGCCCGUUGCACGGAAAGAAGCAGUAAGAGGCAAGUUAGGAAAAUUAGGCGAAACAUCGUCGCUAGUAUUGCCAUCUGUAGACAUUGUCAGAAUCGAUUAAGCUUCGCAUGUUUUACGUAAGGGGCGUUACAAUUGUUCACGACUUUCUGGCUGGCCUUACUGGACUCUUAAAAUAAGAAAAAAAUGUAUUUAUAAUUGAGAUUUGACUUCAAGAUGAGACGGGUAAUGGGAUGUUUGUACCGGCACUGCUUGGCGACUAAACCUGCUUUAUAAUUGGUCAACUUUAAACUGUUGUAGUUUUGAAACCCCAAUUCAGAUUCCAGUUUGCAUUGGAUAUUCUUUUUCAGAUUUAAAUAGAGAUUACUGUCAUGUAUUUCUUGUUUAUGAAAUCUGGGACACCCUGUAUAUAGAAUGACCCUUUUAUAACAUCCUAAAUAUUCUUACAGAAUGUUCUUAAGGAACUUGUGGUUCACAUCACAUAGUAAUGUGAAAUACUUCGAAAUAUCGUAUAAUGAAAACUAAGUUUAGGUCUCUUGAUACCAUCCAGUAAAACACGACGCGAAAACAGCGUUAUGGAGUAUUCGCUUUUGAAAGUCCUAAAAAUGGGUAUUUUAUAGAAAUUUAUUUCUAGUAGAAAAUAAAUGCAAAUAACGUGUAAUUUUUAUAACUUAUUCAUAAGUUCAUUAAGCAACAUUUUUUAAAUUUUCAUUGAAAAAUUAAAAGAUUUGGCUACAGUUUCUAUUAAGCCUAAUCAUAUCAGCCCUUCAGUUGCCCAUGGUUCCUAUGAUUUCAAAAAUUCUAUUAAUGUGAAAUAAAUGAAACCAUUUUUUUUAUAACCAGAAAGACAAUGUGUUUAUCGCACCUGUAAAAAUUAAGAAAAUAAUUUUCACAGAAAAAAGUAAUGGCUGAAAGAAGAACGCUUUUUGCUUUUCUCAUAACUUUCAUUCAAUCUUAUCGGCUAUAAAAAUUGAAAUUUUCAAUCGAGUAAUUUUGUUGAUGUAAGGGUGAUAGAAAAUUCAUUUACGAAUUGAAUGAGUCGAAAUAGAAGUCAAUUGGUAUAUCUGUUCUUAAAAUAUCGUGGGAACCAUCUUGAAAAAUGUAGUUUUAAGAAAAAAAUGUUUAAAAUUUUCGAUCGGAUUUUUUUUUUACAGUAACGAUUUAUUACAGUAACGAUAAAAUUUGUUCAAUUAUAAUUAAGCAAUAAUUCCAGGGCCUUAUAAAAGUCCAUCCUGAUCCUCAACAAUUUCUUCUUUCUCUGAAUUAUUUUUUGUUUGAAUACAUUUUCAUUUUUUUCAUUUUGUAUUUAUACUAUCAGUUUACUUCAGACGCGAAUCUAAAACUCAAUUUAAUGACAUCAUAAAACAACGUUUAGAACAACCGACACUUUCGUGCAAAAAAUAUCAGCAAACGUUUUUGGACCUCUUUCACUAAUAUUCAAGUUGUAUAACAAAAGAACUCAACUAAAGUUAGAACAUGGUAACAAAAUGAUUUUAACGUGUAUCACGAACAAUUACAUUUUUAAUUUAUUGCUAUAGUUUUCUUGUGUUUUAAAUAAUAUAAGAUAUUGAAUUAUUUAACACACUCAAUGAGUUUAUUGCGAAAGCAAUGAAUAUGGAUCGCAGCUGAAUAUUAUCUGAAGGCUUGUAUCCACGAACAAGUAACUUGUGUCAUUUCUUAUUAGAGCAGCAUUCUGUUGCGUCUACACUAUCAUUAAAUUUGCAACAAAUUUAUAGACGCAAGUCUCUCUGGCAAGUUCUUGGAAGACAAUUUACUACUGUAAUUUGCUUUAGCGUUCAUAUUGUAGCCACAAACUUGCGGCAAUUUUUCAUGGUCAUGAGACAUUCGGCAUUGAAAAUGUGCAACGAGAGAGUAGUUGCUACAGUUAUUGUUGCUGUCAUUAUAACACAAAAAAGAAGAAAACAAAGCCCUUGUAAAAAAUAAAAAGUAUACGGAUUACAUGUAAAAUAGUUUGAGUGAAGUAGUUUAGGCGCUCACGAAAUGCUGUUAAAAGAUUUAAGAAUGGAGAACCCGGAACAGUUAACAAAUUUGUCAUCAUUAAAAUCAUUUGAAAGAUAGACGUCUUUUCUGCUUCAACUAUUUUAUUCUUCCAUCGUAUGAAUCACUGACGAAUCCGGACACCUGAAACUUGCAGCAAGAAUUUCAAGACCUAUUCGAAAUCCCCCUGCGCAGCUUCGGCUCUCGCAAGCAGACGUAAACGAGAUUCUUGUAAAAAACGGCAAGAGCCUGUCGAAUAGUGCAACUUCGUUUCCAAAAUCGUGUAUACUAUCGGCAAUAAAUGUUUAAGAGCAACUUUAGCAAGUUUCACUUGCUCGUGGACACGAGCCUUAAUGUGGUCUGAAAUUCAUUCACACUAUAUGUACGUUUUGUUUUAGACUUGUUCAGACACCUAACACAUCGGAUAAAGCCUUGCUAGCAAUGCUGGACGGUGUAUACACAGAGUGUUCCCGACUACCCGGCUACCCCUGAACUCUUUCGCUCCAGU